UAAUUUAGUUGUCUGUAACCUCUUUCUUUCUGGUAUUUACGAUUCUUUGGGGGCAAUUACGCCAAGGGAAACUACUCUUACAUAAAUAUGGCUUCCAGCACAUGCGACGAAGAAAACUCAAAAUCAAAUGUACUCCCUGCUUCCGUUUCGGAAGACAUUGAAAUUAUUUAUGACCAUCCAAGCGCUAAAGCCGCUUCCAGGUGUUGGAAGCUCUUUGGUUUUUAUAAGGUAAAGCCGGGAAAGCCGUCUUCAGAUACGUUGGACAUGAGUACAGCUGUUUGCAAAAUAUGUCGCAAGACAUACGCAAAUAAAGCUAAUACAUCAAACUUCCUGAACCACAUUGCCACAAUGCAUCCGGACCACUCUGCUGCAUGUCGGUCAGGCGGUAAAAAGGACAAACAACUUGUGCAACCUAAAUUGUCGUUUGAAAAGCCAAACCGUUCUGUUGAGAGGACGAAAGCAUUGGACGAUGCAGUCAUGAAACUCAUAGUAGGGAAAGUGUUACCUGUCAGCCUUGUAGACAAUGAGUAUUUUAAGCAGUUUGUUGGUCUUCUGGAUCCAAAGUACAAAUUACCAAGUCGGAGAGACCUUGUACGUGGUUUAGAGAAGAAGCAGGAUGAAAUGAAAGCAAAAAUUAGUGAGGACAUCAAAGAUAGUACCAGUAUUGCUAUAACUCAUGAUGGAUGGACAAGUUUAAAUACAGAAAGCUAUAACACAACAACUGCACAUUUUCUUGACAAAGACUGGAACAUGAAAACUGCUAUUCUUGGGACUAAAAAGAUGGAAGGGUCACAUACCUCUGAAAAUAUAGCAGAGUCACUUAUGACGACAAAGAAUGAGUGGAAGCUGCCAACGGUUGUAGCCACCACCGACAAUGCAGCUAAUGAAAAAAAGGCAUUUCAGAUCUUAAAGUGGGAACGAUUUGGGUGUUAUGGUCACAGAAUCAAUUUAAUUGUUAGAAAUGCACUUGAAGUGCCAGAAAUCAGGAAAAUUCUUGCAAAAUCAAGGAAAUUAGUUACUUUCUUCCAUUCUUCCUCAUCUUGCACAGAAAAGCUUUAUUCAAAACAGAAACUUUUGUUGCCACCCCAAAAAGCUGACCAUAAACUGCAAAUGGAUGUGGUAACACGAUGGAAUUCCACUCUUGACAUGCUAGUUAGAUUACUAGAAAUUAUGCCAGCUAUAAUGGCCUUAGCAAAUGAUGAAACAAUAAGCAAAGCAGCUAGUACAACAAUAAAAAAUUGUGCUUUUAAUUUUGAUGAAAUUGAAAAUGCUGAGCAAGUAGUUGCUUUGUUACAGCCCUUUAAGAAAGCGACAGAAAUUCUAUGUGCAGAACUAGUGCCCACCAUGCACAAAGUUCUACCUGUUGUUCUAAAGCUCUCACGAGCUGUGGAAAUAAAUGAAAAUGAUUUGCCAUUGAUCAAGGCACUUAAGACAAAAAUGUCAAGUGAACUUACUAAAAGGACUGAGAUUGAAGAAAUAGCUCUAGCUGCUUGCGUCUUACAUCCCUACCGAAAGGAGUUUGACUUUAUGCCAGAAAUGAGACAAGAAGCACAUGAUUUGCUCAAAAGACUAGCCUAUAGUAUAAAUGUUUUUUGUUAAAUGUGAGAAAGGGGAAGAAGGGUCAGAUGAGAAUAACAAUGAUCCCAUUCUUCCUGACCUUCCAGCUCUCCCGACAGAGGAAGUUGAGAAUGAGCCUCCUGCAAAGAAAGCCAGAGCAGCAGAUGAUGAUGACUGGCUUGACGAUGUUAUCUGCACUGGUGAAUCAUAUGCAAAGAAGAGGAUCUUGUAGCUAAAGAACUCACUAUGUAUUUUGACUUGAAAAUUAAUGAGGGUCAAACUGUUUUACAAUGGUGGAAAGAAAAUGAACAGUUUUUUCCUAUUCUAUCAAAACUUGCUAGGAAAUAUUUAUGUGUUCAGGCAUCAUCAGUUCCAUCUGAGCGUGUGUUUAGCUUAGCAGGGCAUCUUGUUAACAAAAAAAGAUGUAGAAUGAGUCCAGGAAAUGUAGACAUGCUCAUUUUUCUCAAUAAAAACUUAAAAGAAUAUCGGUAAAGUCACUAAAAUGCAAGAGGCUGAGCAAAAAAGACUACUUUGAAUAGAGAUUUACCCUAAGCCUUCUGUACGCAAGGGAAUCAAUCUAAUUAUAUGGUGAAUUUGUUGAGUGAACACCGUUUCUUAAUCCUAAUCCUGUCCCUGUUAUAUCAGUGCAAAGGAAAAGUAACCUAUCUAUGAUAAAUGCCAUGUAUGAUUACACAGUUAUGCAUCUAACAGUCUUGAAAUCAAUUUCUUCGAUUUUCUCAUAUUUCUAGAUAUUUUUCCCAUACUUUGACGCAUAUGUAUGGGUAGUUGAGAUUGUUCUCUUUCCAGCAGUAGCCUGUUCAACAUAUUUCACCUUGUGAAAUUCUGUGGGUUUUGACUUUUUAAAAAAAAUCGUCUGUUUGUUGACAAAUUUCACCACAUAAAAUGUCCUACUUUCCCCAGGGCAAUCAAUUAUUUGAUCUUUACAUAGUUUUGCAUUCAGGUUGCUAAUUCAUGUGGCAAGUAGGCAUGCUUUUUUCAUGAUUAGAGGUAAAAAGUGGGUAGUUUGCAUGAGGUACUAGGUCAAUUGUCACCUAAGCCUAUCAUAAAGUCUUUGCGGAGUUGUCUCCAUUUUUUCCAAAUAUUUCAUCCGGGAUCAUUUUUUUCAGCUCAAAUAGCUCUUUUUCAGGAAAUGAUAUUUUAAUAAUUUUUUCAGUCCUCGUAUUCUGAUGCAGUUAACUUCACAUACAUAUAAUAUAGAUAGCUCCUACGUAAAGUUUGUAUUUUCAG